AUGAGCGCCUCGCCUCGGCUUCGCUCAGUUUCGCCGGUCUUGGAUGUCGCGUCGAAGAGGCUCUUCUCAGCCUCGGCGGACGACCGGUGCCUGCGGAAUCUGACCCUCAAGAACGACAAGGCCGAAGACGACCCGAGGGCCCGAGCAGUGGUUCAGUCGCGCUUUGCAUCCCACAGGCUCUCGCAGUGCAGGGGCAAGUUGGCGACGGUGGCUGGACAUCUAACGGCGGCCUCCAAGGUGGGCACUCCCUGCCGCGUGGAGGUCGCCAGGCUUCUCCAAGAGUUGGCGUGGCUGCUGGCGGAUUACGUCUCGCUGCCCAGCCCCCGGAGCCCGCGGAGCCCGCGGAGCCCGCGGAGCCCCCGCAGUGCCAGGACCCCGAGCCCGCGCCUUGCGCGGAGCCCUGCGCGGAGCCCCACGCUCUCACUGACUCCCCGGAGGCGAGGAGCUGCGCGACCCCAGCGAUCGCUGAGCCCACGUGCUGAGCCCUACGUUGCCCCUCCCUCCCUGGAGGUGCGGUUGGUGAGGCAGGCACGUGAGCUUGUGAUCCAAGUACUGCGUCACAACGGCCGGUUCCCGGACGAACCGUGGACAUCAGAGCUGCGAAGCGCUGCGGGACAGCUGGGAGUCAGCCCUGGCAGUGAAGCCAGCGUCGUGGGUCUUGCGAGGCGGAACCGCGAUGGGCGUUGCGUCAACUGCCCGCAUGCUGAGCAUGGCUGCCAGAUGCAGGGGUCCUUGGCCUACAUGGAGGCCCACGGCUUGGAGUGUGAGUACAGGCCGGUACCCUGCACCUUCCAGGGGCGAGGCUGCCCGGAGCAGGUUUUAGCCUACGAGCUGGCAGAGCAUGUCGAGGAGUGUGGCUUCCGGCCUGUGCCGUGCCGACACCAGGGCUGCACUGCCGAGCCGUCUGCGAGAGACGAGGAGCUCCACGCCGAGGAAUGCCAGUAUCGUCCAGUGCCCUGCCCUCACGCCGGGCGAGGAUGCCUGGACAUGGUCCGGGCGUACCGCGUAACUUCUCAUGGCAGCAGCUGCGGAUUUCGGCCAGUGCCUUGCAAAUAUGCGGACCGCGGAUGCCCCCAUCAGCCGUCGAAGAACCAGGAAAGGGAGCAUGCGCUGUCGUGCCCCUUUCGGCCAAAGCGGUGCCCACACGCGAAGCGCGGAUGCUUCCUCCUUUUGUACAUUCAGGAGGUGGACAGUCACGCGGCUUGCUGCGACUUCCGGCCCGUUGCCUGCCCAUUCGAGUCAGAGGGCUGUGAGGCGUCCAUCAACGCAGCAGACCUGACAGAUCAUGCGGAGCACUGUGAGUUCCGCCCUGUGCCAUGCGCUUUCAAAGCCCUAGGCUGCAAGCUUCAGCCAAUGUGCAAAGAUGCCGCCAAACACGCGAUGAACUGCAAGUUUCGACCUGUCUCCUGCAAGUAUCGCCAGCGAGGAUGCAGUUUGGAUGCACAAAGAUUUCACCACCUGUACCUUCCGAUGCUCCUGGGCCUGUCCAGCCGAGGCAAGGAGCAGCUUUGCUUCUACAAUUCCUUUCGACACGCCGGUGCUUGCUUUUACCGCCCAGCCGUGGCGCGGCCGAACUCGGAAUUUGGAGGUCUUGAUAGGGCCGCAUCAAAGAUGCUGAUACCCUGCCUUCACACCUCCAGGUUGCUGAUUAUCGUGAAGGGCCUGGGAUUUGCGGCUCGAUCUGUCUCUGUGUUCUUUGCUUUCACCGUGAUCAUCGUGUAUGUUUUCGCCGUGGCAUUGCGACAGAUCUUGGAUGGAGAGGAGCUCGGCGCGCUUUACUUCGGAUCUGUGGUCGCCUCGAUGAACACCUUACUGGUGCAGUCCCUCUUCCCGGAGAGUUCGGCCUUGUUCGCCGAAAUUUCAGGAACAUCCGCGGUGAUGUGGCCCAUUGUCUUCAUCUUUCUGCUGCUGAUCUCGGUGACAGUGAUGUACAUGUUGGUCGGCGUGCUUGUGGAAGUGGUUGGUGUCGUCUCGAACGUGGAGAAGGAGAGGGCAGCUGUGGGCUUCGUUGCAGACUCCAUGCGUGCGGAGAUGGACAAGCUAGGAUACCAGCACGGCAUGCGCAUCUCCAAGUACGAGUUUGAACAGCUCCUAGUGGAGCCGCAGAUCGCACAGGUGGUGGACGCCGUGGGCGUGGAUGUCGUUAUCCUGUGUGACAUGCUUGAGAUCAUUUAUGAGGACGCUCAGAGGAAGGGUCAGAUGGGAAUGCAGUUUGAAGAGAUGGUGGAGUUGGUCCUGAGCAUGCGUGGCUCGAACCCUGCGACGGUCAAGGACGUCAAAGAGGUAGUGAGGAUAAACAAGAUCCUCCUCUAUGACCUCGAGAGGAAGCUCACAGAGCGACUGCGGAGCGAAGUGGAGGAUUUGAAGGCCGAGAUCCAGGACUGGCAGAACGACGUGAACGAGGAAGGGGAUCUGGAUGAGAAUGAGAAAGAACUUGCUGCUUGGAGCAUGAUACGGCUCAGGGAGUGUUUCACCGAUGCGGCUUACGAUGCACAAAGCUUCUUGAGCUCCACGGGUAAGAAUUCUUUUGGGAGCCAUGUGCACGGGCGGAAGGUGAAGGAGAGCUUCGAGCGAAUGCAUAUUGAGGUUAGCGAUAGUUGUAUACCCUUCGUGUCGCCCGCCUCGGCAAGGGCGCAACUGAAGAAGGCCUUGAAGCACUUUCGAAACUCAACACCUGCAGCCGCCGCGGACACGAAACUUCACCGUGUGGCCUUGGAGCGGGUCAAUGCGGUCCGGAGGCAUGGAGUAAAGAAUCGUGCGCAAACUGCAAUGGAGUUUCCUCAUGACAUUGCGCAUGACAAGAGACGGUUGGAUGACCGGCUGACGGCUCCCGGGGAAGUGUCUGCAAGGGUCCUGGCCCAGUCUUGCGUGGCGGUAGGUGAAGAGGAACAGACGUCAAGCAAGAGAAGAAAGGUAGGUGAUGUCAUGGUCUACUGCUUGGACAAUGCCCGGCUCUUAGCCAAGCGAAAGGAGGUUCAACAGUGUUCGCUGACCUUCAAAAACUCCGAUGACAACCGGUGUGGCUGUUCGGAAUCGACGCUAAGCCUGGAGCUUUCAAGAUCAGUGCUGAGCAUCCGAGAAGCCUUCAACCACAACUACGAACACGGGCUCCGGGCAGCUGGACGGCCACGGCCCGACGAUGCGUUCGAUGCGACCGCAGCUGCGGCCUGGGUGGUGGCCGAGGUGCGAUUCUAUGCUGAUGUAAACUGCUCGGAGCCCCUGGUUCCGCUGGGGCUCCUGAGCUCCCUGGGAGAGAUAUUCAAGGCCUUCGAUGGAGACGUGAACUCGACCUGGGAGGCUCGCUGCCGGGCCGGCGUGGACUCAGCGCGUGAAUGCGAGGACUCUUGGGAGCUGGGCCCCUUCCUCGGCUUCUCCCUCGCUUCACCGGCGGCCCUUGGCUGCGCAGAGCUCUGGGGAGAGGCUGCCAGCGGUGUGACCUUGGAGGGCUGGAGUGGCCAAGGCUCCUGGCAGUCACUCCAGCGCUUCGGGGACCUGACAUCAGGAUCUGUGCAGCUCAGGAUUCCUCCACAUGCAGCCUGCAAUUUCGAAGUGGCCAGUGCCCAGGGGCCUGAGGGCAUGCGACUACUCCCUAACUGCGCCGGGCAAGCUCAGUGGAGGCUUCGUGCUCCGCUCGGUGUCACUACCUGGUCUGUCUAUGAGCUGCAGUUCUUCAGCGAUGAUCUCUGCACCUAUCCUGUUCUCGGCAUCACCUUCGCGCAGCCACGAGCCAGUGUCGACCGCAGCGAAGAUGGCGACCUGGCCACAGCUUGGUUUUCAGCUACCAAUACUCAAAGCGCAUGGAUCGGCAUGGCCUUGGACGAACCUUUCCCAGUGGAGUGCGUUCGUAUCGCUCAGCACUUCGAGUCGCAGAGUUCGACAGCGCAAGAUCUGGAGGUCUGGAAUGGGACCAUGUGGAUAGUCAAUCGCACGCUGACCGUUCCACCACCGGAGAUUGGCCAGUUCCAGCAUCUGCCUCCGCCCAGCCUUCCAGGUGGUCACAUCCGGUUGUGCGACACGUCAACCAUCAACUUGAAUCUGAGGCUGAAAUCCGUCCGCUGGGCCGUGCAUUUUUCCUCGGGUCUGGCCGGUACACGAUCAGAGAUCGACCACGAAGUCGAGGAGAUCCCCCCCGGCCCUGAGUGCCUGCAGUUCGUGGAUGGCAAUGCUUUCAACUUCCUCUCCAUGCUGAUUGUCUUCAUGAACGUGGUGGUCAUGUUUGGGAAACACUUUUGGGAUCCGAUGAUCUCAAUCAAGGGAGACCUGUGGUACGUCGACCAAGCUUUCCUGACCUUCUACGUUAUCGAGUUGGCCAUGCGUUUCGCUUUGUGGCAUGACUCGCUGCUUUUCCACCGUCCUCUCUGGAAGACCUGGUCUUAUUGGCUGGACACCCUCAUCGUGGUCGUCUCCAUCCUGGAGCAGUGGCUGCUACCUUUAUUCUUCAACCACGAGGGCAUGGGCUUCGGCGCCUUCCGGAUCUUGAGGAUCUUCCGAUUCGCCCGAGUUCUGCGGGUAUGCAGCAAGGUGAACAACGCUGGUUCUAGCUGGGCGGAAAACGACUACUUCAUGGCCUUCGUGAUGUGCGUGAUCUUUCUCAACUGCAUUAUGAUGGGGGUUCAGGAAGACUUUCCAGACCUCAGUUGCUGGGUCUACUUUGAGAAUCUCUUUCUUGGCAUCUUCAUGUUUGAGAUCAUCAUCCGCAUCAGCCACUUCGGCUUGAGGUUCUUCUACAACGAUCAGUGGGUGUUCAACUGGCUCGACUUCGCAGCUGGCAUGCAAGUAGAUUCGUGCUGGCAGACUCACGUGACUUUUGCAGUUUCACGAGCGAGGCGAGCACGCGGCCUUCAGCAUCUUGUCAUCGCCUUCACUGUCAACGGCAGCAACAACUUCACAAUGAUGUCCAGCACCACCGUCGAUGCCAGCGUACAUCUGACCAUCUUCAUCAGCAUCACAUUCACCAGUAAGGUUGUCCCGCCAUACUUAUGCCCUACCAACCAGGUUCGUGGCAUCCCUCCGCUCUACAACCUCCUGAAGGGUAUCAUCUCAGCCAUGCAGGGCAUGGCCUGGUUGCUGCUCCUCACCGUCGCCGUCAUCUACAUCAUUGCCCUGGUUGCAAUGAAGCUGAUGGGAAAGGACGGCCUGGUCACCGCUGCUGGUUCUGAGGAUGUCAGAGGUGUGUUCCCAUCAGUCGGCACCGAGCUUGCAAUGGGGCUGGGGAAUGCCAGUCGGCAUGGCAAGCUCCAUUCACUGCGCAAGGGCUUGACAAUAAGAACCAUGGCUGGCGACCCCACACAAGCAGAAGAGGAUAAGCCUCCAAAGAUGACUCUGGAGCAGGCGCAGGAGCACGUUGAGUACGACCUCUCCAUGAAGAUGGUGCCUUUCCUGGACAGACAUCUCAUCUUCCCAGUCUUCAACUUCCUGCAGGAGACUGGCCUGUACAAUCAGACCGCUAUCCAGCGAGCGCAGCUGACGCUGCUCGCGGAAACGAACAUGAUCGACUGGGCUCUGGAGACUUACACCAUGAUCGGGGAAGAGCAGCCGCAGGAACUCAUUGACAGGCGAGACUUGGUGCUACAGCAGCUAGAGCUGUCGCGCGAGAAGGUUCUGCCACUGCUAGAAAUUCUGGAGGAAGAGGAGCAGGUAGAGAAGGUGGCGAAGUGCAAGACGAUCGAGGAGCUGUGCACGACCUUCAGCCUCGACCCGUCUGUGAUCGACGGACUUGUGCAUUAUGCAAAGUUGCAGUACGACUGCGGGAACUACACCUUGAGUGGUGAGCUCCUCAAGCACUACAGGAGGAUGAUCUCCCAGGACGCCGAACGCCCAGUCAUGACCUCUAAACAGGUCAGUUGCAUUUGGGGCACGCUGGCGUCCUUCAUCUUGAAUCGUGAAUUUGAGGAGGCCACCGAUGGAGCUGAGAGAGCCGUGGAUGUUAUCUUCAAGAUCAACGACUUCCUGGACAACACGAAGAUGUCCAAGAAGGAGGUCUUGUUGCAGCGAACAUGGCUGCUGCACUGGUCGCUCUUCCCCAUCUUCACAGCUGAGAAGGUGGAGGUCAAGUUGCUGGACUUCUUCUUGAACGAGAAGAGCUUGUCCUGCAUCUCACUCUCUUGCCCGCACCUCUUCCGCUACGUGGCCGCCUGCCUCAUUCUGCAGAAGCGCCUGAAGCACCUCAUGAAGGACACUGUCUGGAUCAUUCAGCACGAAAACGCGGUUUACAGCGAUCCUGUGACGCGCUUCCUGAUGGCCCUGUACGUGGACAUGGACUUCGAUGAGGCCCAGCACGAGCUGCAGAAAUGCGAGAAAGUGUGCAAAGUGGACUAUUUCUUGAUGCGGCACUGGCAAGACUUCCAGGAGAACGCCCGGCUGCUUAUCUUCGAGACGUACUGCAGGAUCCACCAGUGCAUCAACAUUGGUAUGAUCGCAUCGAAGCUCAACAUGGAAGCGGAGGAGGCUGAGGUUUGGAUUGUGAAGCUAAUCCAGAAUGCCAAGCUGGACGCCCGGAUUGACUCCGAGAAGUGUCGUGUGGUGAUGUCCAAAGCACCUCCCAGCGUCUACCAGCAGGUCAUCGAGAAGACCAAGAACCUGUCGUUCAGAAGUACCAUGCUCCUCUCCAACUUGGAGAAGAGGGAGAAGGACAUGCGCACUGCGUCCUGA